AUGAGGAGAAAUUCUAGAAAUUCAGAACCACCAUCGACGGAAACAGUCGCAUCUAAUAUCGCACGGCGAUCAGCUUCAACAGUGCUUCUAGCAACAGCCGUAGUUUUGGUAGAGGACAACAAUGGAUUCAGCUAUCCUGCCCGAGCAUUGCUGGACUCCGGGUCGGAGUGCAAUUUUAUGGCGGAGCAUUUGUGUCAAAGAUUAGGUGUCUGCCGACAGCGCUCGAACGUUUCAGUAAUGGGAAUCGGCCAAUCAACUUCCGAAGUCAAGCAUCAAGUCACUGCGAUUAUCAAGUCUCGAAACGAAAGCUACAAACAACAAAUGGACUUCCUGGUUUUACCGAAGGUGACAGCGGAUCUACCAACAGCAGACAUUAUUUUUUCCGAACUACGUUUACCAGCGGAGAUCGAAUUAGCAGACGCCAACUUCUUCCAAUCCAAUGCAAUCGAUCUGAUCUUAGGAAUCCAACAUUUCUUUGAAUUCUUCCAAUCUGGUCAACGGAAAUCGCUAGGAGAUGGAUUACCAGCUAUUACAGAAUCCGUUUUUGGCUGGGUUAUUACUGGUGUAGUACAAAACUGGAGGCAAACUUCAAAGACCAUCUGUAAUACAGCUAGUUCGAUACCUUUGGACGAAUAUCUAACUCGUUUUUGGUCCUGCGAGGAAAUAGGAUCGGUUCACAAAUAUUCACCCGAAGAAAUGCGCUGUGAGGAGUUUUUCGUCAAGACGGUUCGCAGAGAAACUGAUGGUAGAUAUACAGUUUCUCUUCCAAAGGAUGGGAAUGUCAAUUCCAGAUUAGGCGAGUCAAGGGACAUCGCAUUCCGACGUUUGCAAUACCUAGAGCGCAGAUUGGAUCGUGAUUCUAGCCUGCGUGAAGAGUACAACCGAUUCAUUCAGGAAUAUUUACAACUUGGCCACAUGCGAUUGGUAGAGGAAACCCGAGAGGACAGUACAAAACGUUGCUAUCUCCCACAUCAUCCUAUAAUUAAAGAAGCUAGCACAACAACAAAACUUCGAGUGGUUUUCGACGCGUCAAGCAAAACUUCAAGCAAACUAUCGCUGAAUGAUGUAUUGCUAGCAGGACCCGUCAUACAAGAUGAUCUCAGAGCAAUUGUCCUACGGUGCAGAACGAAACAAAUAAUGAUUGUUGCUGAUGUGGAAAAGAUGUUCCGUCAAAUCAAGGUGUUCGAAGACGAUAUGGCUCUACAAAGCAUCCUAUGGCGGUUCAACACAACGGAGCCUGUAAAAACGUACGAACUUACAACGAUCACGUAUGGAACCAAACCGGCACCCUUUCUUGCGACAAGAACUCUCCAGCAACUCUCAAUCGACGAAGCAAAUAGAUAUCCCUUAGCGGCCAAGGCGAUGUCAAUGGAUGUUUACAUGGACGAUGUGUUGACCGGUACAAACGACGAAGAUGAAGCAAUCCAGUUGAGAAGGCAGCUCAGCAAACUAUCCGAACGAGGUGGAUUUAGGCUAAGAAAGUUCGCCUCCAAUUCAGUCCAAGUGCUUCAAGAAAUUCCAACAGAAGAUUUAGCAGUGAACGUCUCCGGAGAGGUUGAACUCGAUCCCAAUUCUACCAUCAAAACACUCGGCCUGGUAUGGCAGCCUUCGACAGACACAUUCCGUUUCCAAUUUAUUAUCCAGAACUUGAAGCCAACUGAAAAACUCACGAAACGCAAGGUUUUAUCCGCAAUUGCAGCCCUAUUCGAUCCAUUAGGUCUCUUAGGAGCUGUGAUUACAACCGCAAAACUAGUUAUGCAGCGUCUAUGGUGUUUAACGGAUGAUCAAAACAAUCGUUUGGAUUGGGAUCACGAGAUUCCUGAAGAUUUAGCCGAAGACUGGAGAAAGUUCUACGCUCAAAUACCAAUGCUGAACGAGUUACACAUCCCACGUUGUUCAAUCAUACCCUUGGCAGCGACUACUGAAAUCCAUAUAUUCUCCGAUGCAUCUGAGCGCGCGUACGGAGCCUGUGUGUAUAUUCGAAGCAUAAGCACUUCAGGAAGGGUCGGCGUACAAUUACUAACGUCGAAAUCCAGCGUUGCACCGUUGAAAUCUCAGUCGAUUCCCAGACUGGAGCUUUGUGGAGCGUUGAAGGCAGCGGAACUUGCGGAAAAGGUCAAGGAGUCAAUCAAACUGGAAGCUAAAAUUUGUUUUUGGACCGAUUCUACUUGCGUAUUGCAAUGGCUUAAUUCAAUUCCCGCAACAUGGUCAACCUUUGUAGCCAAUCGUGUAUCCAAAAUCCAAAUCAUCACCGAACAAUACGCAUGGAGACACGUUCCAGGUCAAGACAACCCGGCAGAUAUAAUUUCUCGAGGUACAAGUCCGGAGGAGAUCAAGCAAAACAGUCUUUGGUGGGAAGGUCCGCCCUGGUUGAAAAUGGAAGAAAAAUUCUGGCCGAAGCAGCCAGUAACCAUCAACACCGAUGCAGCCGCUAGUGAAACAAAAAGAAAGGUCACGAAUGUUGCGACAAUCGACACGCCUAGUUUUAUUGAUGAAUACGUCGAAAGGUUUUCUUCAUUGUCUGAUUUGAUUCGUAAAACGGCGUAUUGGCUGAGAUUAAAAGGGAUGUUACGGAGGUUAGAGCCAAGCUCAUCAGGUGUUCUUUCUACUAAAGAGUUAAGAGAAGCAGAAUAUGUUAUUAUACGGGAAAUCCAGAGAGAAGCAUUUAAGGAAGAGUGGAAACAAUUAACCAACGGUGAACCUGUUUCACGCAAUUCUCCGAUGAGGUUUUUCAAUCCAUUCUUAGGAUCCGAUAACUUAAUACGAUUGGGCGGCAGGUUAAAGUAUGCUCAAAUUACCGAAGACACAAGGCACCCUAUUGUCCUCCCGUCACGACAUCCAUUCACCAAACUUCUAUUUGAAUCGUUCCACAAGCGACUUCUACAUGCAGCUCCACAACUACUUCUUAGCUCCAUAAGACUCAAAUAUUGGCCACUAGGAGGACGGAAUUAUGCCCGUCAAACAGUUCAGCAGUGCCUACGUUGUUUUAGAAUGAAACCGAAAUCUAUGGAGCAAUUUAUGGGAGAACUUCCUGUUGCACGCGUCACAAUUUCUCCACCCUUUUCCAGAACCGGAGUAGACUACUUCGGCCCUGUAUAUAUUCGGCCUGGACCACGCCGAGUAGCAGUCAAGGCAUACGUUUCCCUGUUUAUCUGUUUGGUGACAAAGGCGAUACACUUGGAAUUAGUUUCCGAUUUAUCAACGGAGAAAUUUCUACAGGCGUUACGAAGGUUCAUAGGACGGCGUGCAAUUCCAAGCGACAUUUACUCAGAUAACGGAACAAAUUUUGUAGGUGCCCGCAACCAACUACAGGAAUUGUUCACAAAUCUGCGCAGCAAAACCCACAAUCAACAAGUUUCCAAGGAAUGCUCGGAAAGGGGCAUACAAUGGCAUUUUAAUCCCCCAGCUGCUCCCCAUUUUGGAGGCCUGUGGGAAGCAGCAGUUAAAUCCGCCAAACAGCAUCUGCUUAAGGUGUUAGGACAAAACGCUUUAUCCUUUGAAGAAUUCAACACUCUUCUUAUUCAAAUUGAGGCUUGCCUAAACUCUAGGCCAAUAACUCCGAUGUCAGAGGACCCCAACGAUCUUGAACCACUGACCCCCGGACAUUUUUUAACUGGGAGGUCAUUGCAGCAGCUACCAGAAGUGGACUUAACCGAAUUAUCUACGGGAAGGCUCAAACAGUAUCAAAUAAUACAACAAAAAAUACAAUUCUUCUGGAAACGUUGGCAGAAGGAGUAUCUAUCCCAGCUCCAAGGAAGAUACAAACGAUGGAAGCCUCCAGUACAGAUCUCAGUUGGUCAACUCGUCGUGAUAAAGGAUGAAAAUACCCCACCGAUGCGUUGGCGAUUAGGGCGUAUCCAACAGCUACACCCUGGAGAAGACGGAAUAGUAAGAGUUGCGACGCUCUUGACAUCGAAUGGAAUUUUGAAGAGAGCUGUUGAAAAACUUUGCCUGUUACCAUCAGAUUGUCAACCAGUCAACAGCGAUGAAGAAAACAGUUCGGUCAAUUAG